UGUUUUACCAUGUAUGGAACCGUAAUCGUAUUCGUAUUCGUACAAGUGUAAACGAGUCUUUGUACAUGUCAAAUUAAUAAACGAAAAAGUUUACCAAUUAUUCGUCUCUUAAAUUAUUCUCGUUUUACUACUCCUUGACGACGUUCUUCGUUGCGUUCAUCGUUGUGGUCAUCGUUGUGAUCAUUGGAGAGGACAAAGGGAGAAAGAAAAUGUAUAUUCGGCGAUUGUACGCCACGCGUGAUCCCGUGGAUCGAGGACAAAGAAACGAGCGAAUCGAGGUGUCAAUGAUACGAAGCCGUGAUCGUCAAUCAUCAACGUUGAUCGCAAUUUCCGAUGCUACGUUGUUCCCUCCAAUUGUCAAUUGAGGUCGUAUGUUCCAGGACACGUGGAAAUUGAACGCUUUUAUACUAGUGAUAAGUUUAAUUGACAAACAGCCGAACUGCUUCGGAUUUUGCCUCUUGCGUUUAGGACGGAUCGAAUUGAAAACGAACGCGUUGUUUCUACGUCGCGAUAUAUCGUUUCGUAAACGUUUUCGUAAACGACUUUACACUCGUUUUUGUGUGACAAAUGAAUCUAUAAUUUCAACGUACUCGAUACGUAAUGAUACUUUGAGCUUAUUCGCGGAUUAAACGCGCCGUUACGAGACAACUAUUAUGUUGGCCUAAUACAAGAAACCCGAGUUUAUUGAGCGUUACUUCGUAUUUUUUCGAUUGGCACGCUAUGCGAAAAACGGCGCGCGAUCACUCUUCAAUUUCGAAUCGACUCUAUACUUUUCUUGCAAUUAGCGCCACUGUAUUUACACUAAACUUUAUGUUCGCUUCGAAUCGGAAACAUUUUGCCGGUAUAAUUAGCAACGCCCGAAAGAAAUUAAGCGUUUGCGUGCAUCGCCGUCUAUCGCGUAAGAAUAAGCGGGGUGCGCAAUAAAAAGUACCAUUUUGAUUAAUCGUCGAUUCGAGGAGAUAAACACAUGACCAAUUUACCCCGUAUCCGUCAACCGAUUACGGCAUGCAUAUAAAUCCCACGAAUUUCCAAUAGCGAUGCAGUCUAUCGGUGUGUUCGGUCCUAACGAAACGGAAACGAAAAAUCGUUAAAAGCAUGAAGAUCGCGAUGUUUUGGCUAAUUUUGUCGUGUUUGUUCACGUCGCGACUCUUUGUUCGUGCAGCUAUAGAAGACCCUGAGGGUUUUCAUAAGGUUACUUCUUCUGUAAGAAAGAAAUGUAUCGCGGAAACGGGAACAACAGUUGAGGAUGUUGAAAAUACCGAAUACGGACAGUUUCCCGAUGAUGACCGAUUGAAAUGUUAUUUUAAAUGUGCACUAGAAAAGUUUAAAGUGAUGGAUAAAAAGGGCAAUAUGAAUUUCGAUAUAGUGAGGAAAACAAUACCAAGUGUGUAUAAAGACAUACUUGACGACAUGAUCGAUACUUGUUCAGAUAUCGGUAAGUACUGCGACGAGUCUUUUAUCUCGCUACGCGUGCACGCAUGCUACUUAACUGGUUGCGUUUUUACUGAAAACGUCAUAAACUUUUUAGGUGGAAAGGACAAAUGCGCGAAAGCUUUUAAUUUCAUGAAGUGUAUGUUUCAAGCGAAUCCUAUUGUAAGUCAAAUAACAUUAUUUUUUAUAUUCCAUUGUACUCUUGUAAGGAAGAAAAAUAUUCUUGACGUUUCUUUUCUAGGCUUACCUCGCGCCAUAAAUGAUUCUGCCCGUGACCGUGAUGCGAGUGCGAUGUGUGUAUACGACGACGAAACAGGGUGAAAUAAAAAUAUUACAGAUUAUAA